GAAUAGAAAACAAAAUCACCAGCCAACUCGCAUUUUGUGGAUUUUAUUUUGUAUUUUUAUCUCUAAAUCGGAAAAUAAACUGAAACUGUAUUAAUCAAAUCUAAUCUACGCCUUAUUUUCCUGUUUAUUUGCUUCUUUUUUUCGUUUAAAUUCAUUCGUAAAACUGGAGUCUACCGCUGUGUUGGGUCCUCAGCAGACCCCGGCGCCCAGUAUGCCUGCUGCGACGACCACUGCUGGCGAGGAGCAAAAUGACGCUGACCAGAAGAUGUGGAAUGCCCUCAAACGGUACAUUAUACGGGAACGGCAGAGAAAGAAAGAAGAAUAUGAAGCUGAGGUUGAAGAAGAAAGACUGCGGAAAGAGAGGGAAGCCAGAGAGAGACAGGAUGUCAUGACUCUAGAGGAAACAAAAGAGCAGAUUGAGCAAUUAGAGCAGAAGCUGAAGCAGCUGGAGAAGGAGAAACAGAAGCUGUUCAUGCAGCUGAAGAAACUGCUCAAUGAAGAUGAGGUUCGGAAACGACAGCAGCAGAAAGAAUCCAACGAGAUGCAGCCAAUGAAGAUGGGCGGCAUGGGAGGCAACAUGCAGAUGCCAAUGUUCUCCUCAAUGCCUUCAUCAGGGCAGGGCGAGCCGCCGCCACAGGGCCGCGGGCAGCCCAAUGAUAAUCACAUGAUGAAUAAGCAACCGAUGGGCGUGCAAGGCGUGAAGCGACAGCGCAGCCCGUCGCCCACAUAUCCACACAAUAUGUACCCGCACCGCCACCAACCGCCCGUCAAACACCAGACCAUGUACACGGAUCACAAGUUGGAAGAUGGCCGCCGACAGUUGACAGCACGCGUUCUAUGGAAUAAGCCGCACUCCCAGUACUCGAACGUCGGCGGCACCGCCUCCUCCCCCUACUACUGCAUGUCGCGCCCGGCGGCCCCGCGCCCCCCCCCGCUGCUGUACGCGCCCCACCCCGCGCACCCCCUGCUGUACGCGCCCCCACAGCAGCCGCUGUAUAUGGACGUCAACAACAAGCACGACCCCAACAAGGACAAGCCGCAAGUCCUAAUCGGUCUCAGCGAGGCGCACCACGCGGCGGUCAGCGGCGGCGCCGUGUACGCGCAGCCGCCGGCGUCGCGCCACGCGCCCACGCACUCGCACCACGCGCCCAUGCAGACAUCAAAGCCUGGCAGCAUCACCCAGGGUUACCCUGUCCAGUCCAACCCCAACGUACAGAACCCGUAUCCUAACAGACACCGCUAUUAGCUAGUAAUCUUACGACGCAACUCUGCUAAGCAACCGUAAACCACACCCGAAGUGGACUGACGUAGUGACAUCUCCCUCUAGCAUAUGAGAAGGAAGGGUCGAAGUCGAAUGGUGGUGCUAUCAUGUUCUAGCAAACUCUUGCUGACAUGUAAGAAGUGGUAUGGUUAUAUCGUGGGGUGGGAUGUGAUUGGUAAGAAUCUUCUUUAAUAAAGCAAGUAUGGAUAAUACAAUAGAAGUGGAUGGAUCUGUGUUAGCUCAAAAGCUGAAGGUAAAUUAUUACUGAGAAAUUAUACAAGAAGUACAUAAUAUUCGAAGGUUCGGAUAACGUCAUAACGUUAUACUACUUAAUUAUGUGAAGAAAAGUGUCUCCCAAAAACAGUGCUAGAAACUACAUCAGGUAAUAAGUGAAUCAUAUUGGUCUGUUU